AUGGCAGAGAUUGAGGAUGGUUACGAGCAGCAGCAGCGUCGCAUGAGAGUGCCAAUGCUGACCACCUCCUCCGAUCAGGCCGUCGCCACUGCCAAGCAAAUCCAGGCUUUGGAUUCUCCUCGCUCCAGGCUCACGAUCGUCGCAAAGGCACUGGCUGGCGAGGCACUUGGAACUUUUCUCCUCGUCUUCACCAUCGCGGCUUUGACAGCAGUGAACGAGGGAACUCCCGGAGGAAUUGGGCUGCUAAGCUUCGCAAUGGCGGCCUCGUUCUGCGUCACGGUGAUCAUCCUCACCAUCGGCCACACCUCGGGUGCUCACAUCAACCCUUCCAUCACCGUGGGAUUCGCAGCCGCCGGGAGAUUCCCAUGGUCUCAAGUGCCCUUCUACAUGGUUUCUCAGAUCACUGGCUCCGUGCUGGCAAUCCUGGCGGCGAAAUGGGUCUACAGCUUCCCGGAGAGAGACUUUGCCGUGACCCAGCCUCGAUCUGGGCCAUGGCAAUCGCUUGUUCUUGAGACCGCCAUGUCCUUCGUUGUCAUGUUCCUGGCGUGUAUCCUCUCGAAUAACACAUCACAAGUGGUAACUUUCACUCGCAAUUUGUUCCACACUAGUAUACUAUUGAUGCUUUUCAUCAGUCGGGCAACGCAGCUGCAAUGGCUGUCCCAGCCGCGAUCGGGCUGA